AUGUAUUUCACCAAAGCUACUGGUCUUGCCAUUGCCCUGCUGGCCGCAGGUGCUAAGCAGGCUCUCGCCAACCCUGCAAUUGAAUCAACUGUCGAUACAACCAACAUGGAGCGAUCUGAUGCCGACGAGCUGGUCUCUGCAUCUCACGUUCUGCGGGAAGAAAAUUCUGUGUAUGAGCGAGACUUCAUCGGGCAGUUCGACGAAAGUGAACUCGCAGCACGAGGCUUACUCAAGGCAGCCAUCAAGGGAGCAGGGAAGCCUCACCGACGCGGCGUGAUCUCGGGUGCUAAGAAGAUCAUCAAGGGCGUGGUGAAGCCUCAACGACGCAAUGUGUUCUCGAUUACUCACAAGGCUAUCAAGGGCGCGGGAAAGCCUCACCGCCGCAACGUGUUCUCGAUUACUCACAAGGCCAUCAAGGGUGCGGGAAAGCCUCACCGCCGCGGCGUGAUCUCGAGUGCUCACAAGGCUAUCAAGGGGGCAGGGAAGCCUCACCGCCGCAGCGUGUUCUCGAAUACUCAUAAGGCUAUCAAGGGAGCAGGGAAGCCUCACCGCCGAAGCGUGUUCUCGAAUACUCACAAGGCUAUCAAGGGCGCGGGAAAGAAUCGCUGA